CGCCGCCGCCGCCGCCGCCGCCGCCGCCCGCCACCUUGAACAUGGAGCCCCCGGACGCCCGGGCCGGGGCGCGCAGGGCCCCGCGGCUGCUGGUGUUCGCGUUCCUGCUGGGGGCGCACCCAGGUGCCAAGGCCGAGGUGCGCCUGUCUGUGCCCCCUCUGGUGGAGGUGAUGAGGGGGGAGCCUGUCACUCUGGACUGCACCCCUUUGGGGGCCCAUGACCAUUUCAUGCUGGAAUGGUUCCUGGCCGACCGCUCUGGGGUCCGCCACCGCCUGGCCUCGGCCGAGCUGCAUGGCACUGAGCUCCAGGACAAGGUGCACGACUCCCGGGGCCGCAGCCCCCCAUACCAGCUGGACUCGCGGGGGCGUCUGGUGCUGGCCGAGGCCCAGGUGGGCGACGAGCGGGACUACGUGUGCUUGGUGAGGGCGGGGGCAGCGGGCACUGCCGAGGCCACCGCGAGGCUCAAUGUGUUCGCGAAACCAGAGGCCACCGAGGUCUCCCCCAACAGAGGGACACUGUCUGUGAUGGAGGAUUUCGCCCAGGAGAUAGCCACCUGCAACAGUCGCAAUGGGAACCCGGCCCCCCAGAUCACGUGGUACCGGAACGGGCAGCGCCUGGAGGUGCCCAUGGAGGUGAACUCCGAGGGCUAUAUGACCAGCCGCACCGUCCGGGAGGCCUCGGGCCUGCUGUCUCUCACCAGCACCCUCUACCUGCGGCUGCACAAGGCCGACCGGGACGCCAGCUUCCACUGCUCCGUGCACUACCGCCUGCCCACGGGCCGGCACGGCCGCCUGGACAGCCCUUCCUUCCGCCUCACCCUGCACUAUCCCACGGAGCACGUGCAGUUCUGGUUGGGCAGCCCGUCCACUACUGCAGGCUGGGUUCGCGAGGGUGACUCUGUCCAGCUGUUCUGCCGGGGGGAUGGCAGCCCCAACCCGGAGUACACGUUUUUCCGCCUUCAGGACAAGCAGGAGGAUGUGCUAAAAACAAAUCUCGAGGGGAACUUGACCCUGGAAGGGGUGCAGCGGAGCCAGAGCGGGACCUACGGCUGCAGGGUAGAGGACUACGACGCCGCCGAGGACGCGGAGCUCUCCAAAACCCUGGAGCUGCACGUGGCCUACCUGGACCCCCUGGAGCUCAGCACUGGGGAGGAGCUUUCCUUACCCCUGGGCAACAGUACAACCUUGACCUGCUCCGUGCGAGGCCUGCCCGCCCCAGCCCUACGCUGGACCAAGGACUCGGUACCCCUGGGGGACAGCCCCACACUCUCCCUCCGCUCCAUCACCUUCGAUUCCGCCGGCACCUACACGUGUGAGGCCUCCAUGCCCACGGUCCCCGUCCUUAGUCGCACCCGGAGCUUCCAGUUGCUGGUCCAAGGGCCACCAGAGUUAAGGGCAGAGGAGACUCAGCCCAAGGCAGAGGGCAGCUGGAGGGAAGGAGAUGAAGUCAGGCUGAUCUGCUACGCACGCGGCUACCCAGAGCCCAAACUCAGCUGGAACCAGUUGGGCGGCAGCCUAGCAGAGCCAGCCCCCGGAGGCCAGGGCUGGGUGAGCAGCUCCCUGACCCUGAAGGUGACCAGUGCCUUGAGCCGAGAUGGCAUCUCCUGUGAGGCCUCCAACCCCUACGGGAACGACCGGCACGUCUUCCACUUUGGCACUGUGGCCCCCCAGACCUCCCAGGCUGGAGUUGCGGUCAUGGCCGUGGCCAUCAGCGUGGGCCUGCUGCUCUUCGUCGUGGCCGCCUUCUACUGCAUGAGACGCAAGGGGCAACCCGGCUGCUGCCGGCGGGGGGAGAAGGGAUCUCCGCCACCUGGGGAACCAGAGCUGAGCCACUCGGGGUCAGAGCGGCCGGAGCAGACAGGCCUUCUCGUGGGGGGUGCCUCUGGAGGAGCCAGGCAUGGGAGCAGGGGCUUUGGAGAUGAGUGCUGAACCCGAGGACCUCCCAGAGGCAGUCACUGAACCCGACCUGGAGUUGCGGGCACCAGAAAACCAGCCCUGCUCACGCCUCCACCUGCCCCCGCCUUCCCGGCCUUCCCUCAUCUCUCUCGGGCCCUCCCUUCCUUCCUUUGUAGGCUGGGCAGGGACCACAGCAGCCCUACCGCUGCUGGGAGGGAGGAGACCUUCCUCCAGGGAGUAUGACUCUCCCAGGCCCCAGAAUAGCUCCUGGACCCAAGCCCAAGGCCUGGCCUGGGACAACACUCGAGGGUCGGCUGGCCGGGGCUAUUUUUACCUCCUGCCUCCACUGCUGGUCCCCCCACCUGAUGUCCUGCUGCAGAGUCUGACACUGGAUCCCCACCUCACCCCCCGCCCUGCCCUCGCCCCCUCAUCUGUGGACACUGGAGUCUGGAAUAAAUGCUGUCUGUCACGUGGACACCAUCCUGUGGCCAGAGCCGCCUCUGGGGGAUGAAAGGGGAAAGAGGCACAGGUGAUUCUCCCCUCCCCCCUGGCCCUCCCGCCCCCUUGCUGGACCUCGGGAGAAUCUGAUGUCAUGGAGAAAGAAAUGAGAGAGAGAGAGAGAGAGAGAGAGAAAGAGGUGACUCAGCUGGAUGAGGGUGGAUGGUGCUGGGGGUCCAGAGGGAGCUGAGCCUGGUCCCUGAGGACCAGUGCCUAUUUGCGGGGUGGGGUGCUGCCCUCUUAAGUAAAAGUUCUCAGUCUCUCUUGCCGGAGACCCAGGGGAAUUGAAGCUUCCAGAGGAAAAGCUCUCUCUGAGCCGUAGAGUGGAUGGAAUUAGGGAUUUAGCUGUCUACUCUGAGGGUGGCCUGGUGCCUGCAGCUGAGGACUCCCUGGGGGAGGAGGGGUGACUUGGAGGAACCCCAGUGAAGGGGCCUGGGGCAGGGAGAAGAGAGGGUAGAAAUGGCAAGGCCAGCUAGAGAGACUUACUGAGGCAGAGGAAGAGGGAUUUGAAAGGAGGAUGGAGAGGCUUAAGGGGAGGUAGAGGGAUGGACUGGGGCAGCUCAGAGAAGAGAGAGCCAUUGAGUCAGACAGACAGAGAUUUGGGGAGAGAGGCAAAGACAGACAAAUACAGGCAUACCUUGGACCUAUUUCCAGUGCAGUUCCAGACCACGGCAAUAAAGCGAAUAUCACAAUAAA